AUGCAGCUUCAUAUGCGGUUCAUUGUGCUAAUGUGCCAUAGGUCGAGGUGCUACGGUGACGCGCAAACGGGACUAAAGUCCUGGCUUUUGGAUGAGGGAUUUGAAGAGGUUUUGCAGCUUCCACCUGGCAGUCCAGACUUCCGGGUGUUCUUCUACCUCCGCGAAGACGAUCACCGCUCACGCAUUGUAUGCAAAGCUCCUAGGCGCGGACAGCCUAGCGAGUACUUCUGCCUCCCAUUGAACUUGCUGGAGGUUGUCCGCAACCAGCCUUCAUGUCUGCAGCUCUGCCGCCGCCGUCGUGGCGGAACGGAGCUGGUCAUGUGGGCGAACCUCAAGUUCAGUACGAUUGAAGAUAUGGUUAUCUUCUAUUGCACGUUUCUGGCGCUUCGCUCCCAGGACUCGGGCCGGCCCGUGGAACAGAUCCGUGAUUACGAGCUCACCCACGAAGAGGAGCUCUUUGGAUCACCGAUCCUCGACGAUGACUACGUGCACGCGCUGCGAGUCUACCGGGACAGGAUAACCGGCGCAGUCCGACUCCAAGCCUCUGUCCAUAAAGGCGAGAUGAAAAGGGCCCCCGUAUGGACUGCGUUUAUAACGGAACAGGUCAAAACCCGCGGAUGGAUCCGCAUGGUCGGACCCAAGGUGAUCCUCCUGCGUGAGCUCCGCCAGACCAUCUUUACCUCCUCGGAUUACACGCCUCCGAAAACGAACAGAGGCCAGCAUCGACUUGAGUUUUCCAGUCCUGAGGACGCGGAAGGCUUCAUCAGCACCAUGGCCGAACUCGCAGCGGAAGGGGGCGUGGUUUACAUCAGCACGUAG